CAGAACGGAUCCUCUCCUCGUCUCUUCUCUCCUAGCAAGCAAGCAAGCAAGCCAGAAAGUUUUGCUUCGCUUCAACGCAUUGGGCACUCUCCAAUUCGUCCAUAUCCAAUCAAGUCGAAACAAGCACCAUGGCAACAACCAACACMAACACCAACACCAACACCAACACCAAGACCGAUCCCAGGCACUACCUCAACUACCUCAACGGGGAAGACGGAUCGGAGGAAUCCAGCAUCGAAGACAUGUCCCGGGACAUUGGUCACGGCGGAGACUGCGAAGCGAUCAGCUACGAAAUGAUCAGCGACAUCGAAAUGAGCGGGGUCGACGCAUCGGGCAUCGACGCGGUGGCGGACGUUGACGAGAGCUUCUUCGCCGAGAAAGACGAUGGAGGAAGCCGUGGCCUGCUCGACGACGUGAGCCUGGGCAGCCACCACGGUUCUCUUGGGCACGCUGGGCACGCUUCUUCUGCCAGCUCCCACUCCGGAAGCAUUCUGGCUCCUCCCCCUGGAAAUGGCCACGAAAGCCUGGUGGACCUCGACAGCAUCGAAGGAACCGACGGGGACAGCGAGGCCGAACAAGAAGCGCUUCAAGACGACGACGACGAAGAAGAAGUGGAAGACUACGAGAACAUCUACGAGAACGUCUACGAACCACAAGACGAACGCCGAACCUAUCUCAACCUGAACCUGAACCCAAACCCGAAUACUAAUACUAAUACGAAUACGAACACGAACCCGAACCUGGCCAACGCCCAAACCCUUUCCGUCGUACAGAGGCUCCUGCCGAACGAAGCGGAGGAAAUGAGCGUGUCGUCCAUUCCCCGGUCGGCGCUUCCGAGGAUCACCGGCAAUGGCAAUGGCAAUGGCAACGGCACGGGUUCGGUGCCUUCGAUGCUGUCUUCGAAGACCCAUCCGGAACAGGAAGCACAGCGAGAAACGUCGGGUUCGCUCGUGUCGCUCUUGGACCCCCCGGACGCUACGGACUACGCGCCCGCGGAUUGCUUCACUCCGGGAGUAUCCAUCCUGCCGAAGUCCAAUGUUAACGCCAUCGCCAAUGCCAACCGCAGCAACAGCAACAGCAACAGCAACGCCGACGAGAGAAGAAAGAACCGAAGCAAGAACAACCGAACCAACGGAAACUGGAGGGUGGCAGAGAUGACGUCAAGAACCGCGGGGAGGGACACGGACAGAGCAAGCACAUCCCGCAGCAGCAACACCAACACCAACACCAACACCAACCAAGUGCCGAACAACAAGCCCAGCAAGAGUGGCGCAACCAGAAAGCAGGAAACCGCGGAGCAGAAGCAACAGCGCGAGCAGCAAGAACGCGUGGUGGCUGCGAAUACCAUGGCAGCCCGGGAGCUUCCUCCCCCACCGCAACAACGACCGAACGGCGAUGCAGCCAAUGCGAAUGCGAAUGCAAAUGCAAAUGCAGAUGCAAAUUCAGAUGUAGAUGCAGAUGCAAACGCAAACGCAAACGCGAAUGCAGACACUUCCUACCACAACAACUACAGCCACCUGUUGUCGGCGUACGAAUUCGAGCACGAUCCGUCCAUUCCACCGCUGCCCCCACCGGUUGUAGAGCUCGUUCAGAGCCCUACGGACGAGCGCUAUUGCAGCACCACUGGGAACAACCAAAGCCCCAACACGUCCUAUGAGAGCGACAUCGAACUGGGGCGAAACGAGGACGACCAAGGGGUACAGGGCAAAACCAAAACACCGCGCGGCACCGAUCCAUCCGCAGAUCCGUCCACCUCUAAGAAAAAGAAGACUCUCUUGUCGGUCUUUUCGCCAACCUAUUUUCGUCCCAACGACGACAACGACAACGCCGACAACGACAACGCCGACGCCGACGCCGACAAGGACGAGAACAAGGAGGGUAACACCCCCGAGACGGACACGAACCUGUCGCCCUCGAAUACCUUUGAAGAAGGAAGCAUCGCCCGUGGACGAAAGCUCUUUUCUCCCGAAGAACCCGGAGCCACCCGGUCCAACAACAAUGCUCAUCGCAGCAGCGACCGAAGCUUUGACGAUCUCUAUUACGACGACGAGUCGGGACACAAAACCGGCGAAUCCGCCUCGCACAGAGACGGAGACUCCUCGAAAGCGGUGUCAAAACAAAACCAACGAAAAAGAAAAGGAAACCCCCGCUGUCUGUGGAUUUGGAUCAUCGUCUUCUCGGUCUUGGUCAUCGGGGCCGCCACGGGGGUUAUCGCCUAUUCCAUGAUCAAGAAAUCCAGGGCCAUGAACGCGGAGGCCGAGCUCGAAGCCUCGAGCGCAAACGACGUUGCCAUCGACKGCAUUGCCAACGUUGCCAACGUCGCCAUCGACGGCGGCGACCAGAGCGAGAGCGAGAGCGAGAGCCAGAGCGAGAACACCAACCUCGGUGCAAACACUCCGGACGAUCCGCAAUCGCAGGAGGUGUUGGUGGUGCUUCCCCCCGUCCCUCCUCCGACCCUGCGCCCGGUCACCCUCAAGGAUCCCACGGGUGCACCCUCGGAAUAUCCCACGGUUGCCCCGACGUUCCCACGUCCCACGAUGUUUCCAACCAGCACCCCUACCGUUAGCCCCACGAUUUCCCCAACGGUCGCAAAAUCGGCUACCGAUCAGCUCACGGAACGCCUUGAAGGACUCCUACAAUCCCGAAACUACGCGAAUGGAGGCGGAGGGGUUGGCGACGAAACACAGGAACAAGCGCAACUACCACAGGAGCCCUUCUCUUUUGACUUUUCCGCUCAAAAUAUUGCGUCCGGUGGCAUGAACGAUCCGGCGCACAAGGCCCUGCUUUACAUGGCACGAGAAGCCGAGGCGACUCAUGGAUUAUCACUAUCCCUAGCAAACGCAAACGCCAACAGCAACAACAGCAAAGACUCUUUUGUUCCGAUCGAUCUGGCUUCCUACGACAACCCGAAACUAAUGCAACGGUUUGCCCUCUUGGCGGUCCGAUUCGGAGCCACUUUGAGUAGCGGCAGUGCCGUGGCAGAAGCCCAAACACAAACCCAGGUUCCCACAGAGUUCGCCACCGCGUGGAUUGCCAACUCCCCGGGUUUGGCGGUGGCACUUCCCGCAAAGCGAAUCGUCGUCCCCGGGGGAGAGGCCGGCGAAAACGCUGGUGACCUCGAGGGCGGGGAGGUCCAACCCACAGUGGGAUCGGCAACUGCCACCGCGGUGGCGAAUGCGAACUCGAAUGCAAACGUGGCGGGUGGCUCCGAUACCAGCUCUGCCAUUGGAAUGGUCACCGCGCCAACCACGGAUGGCGCACCAACGCAGGCCAAUCCACUGCCAAGCUCGCUUGCCGAUCCCGACGAUCCCAUGUUCUUGGUCGACGAGUGCUACUGGGAGGGUGUUGUCUGCGAGGCGGAAAACGAAACCGAAAAUUCGAAUUCCACCGCCACCACAACCCCGCGCAUCCCCGCCGUGGUUUCCCUGAAGUGGGGCUAUCUCACUCUUUCCGGAACGAUUUCCCCCGCCGUCGGUUUGCUCAGCGGACUGACCUCCCUCGAUCUAAGCCACAACGAGCUUGUUGGGAGCAUUCCGGAAUCCCUGUUUGAUCUGACAUCCCUACGGGAACUCUACCUCUACCACAACAAUCUCACCGGAACCCUCUCGACACGCAUCGGCGACCUCGACGCAUUGGAGCGACUACAUCUCUCUCACAACGCCCUGAGCGGAAGCCUCCCGACAGAACUCAAGUCCGAUGCCGGAUCGGUCGGCGGGAUUCGCCCACUCCGUGAGUAUCGUACCGCGCAUGCUCUCACACACAGCGUUCGUGCUUCCCGGACGGUGAACCAAGUUUUGUAUUGGCCAAGCCGAACCCCAACCGCUAUAUUCUUUUCCUCCCCUUUCACCCGUCUAUCUCACAUGCAACGUGCCUCGUCGAUUUCUUCUCUCCCUCUCCAGGAUAUUUCAAUGUCUAUUCGAACAAAUUUACGGGCACGAUUCCCUCCGACCUUCGAUGGCGUCAGUGCAUCCACUUCGACGUCGGUCGCAACCAGCUCACGGGUACCCUGCCGGAAGACAUUGGCGAGAAAUUCGUCGAUCUCCGCCACCUCUACCUAGACCACAACGCCUUCAUCGGGACCCUCCCAUCCUCCUACAACACGGUUGGAAACGGGAGGCUCAAGGCAUUGGCCAUCGAUCACAACAGGCUGACGGGAGAGGUUCCCGGGGCCCGUGACCACUACGACAAUCUCGUCCAGUAUACGUUGCACGAAAAUCUCUUUCGCUCACUAGACCAGCGCAACUGCCAGAACCACCUACUGGUAGAAUUCAAGGCGGACUGUAAUGCCAACGUUUGCACCUGCUUCGGAGGCUUCGAAUUUUGCGAGCGUUGGUGUGGGUACGAAAGCGGAGGACGAGGUCCCAACAAUCCGGCCAGGAAUCCAACCUUCGAUUCCAACCCGAACCUCAACUGGCAGCAGCAGCAACAGAGACCGCCAUGGCAACGACCGCCACAGGAUUGGUCCUUCUAGUUGGUCGAUUCAUCUAGUUUUGUUGGGUUACUUCGUCAAUACGUCACUUCUCAGCGAUGUUUUGUUGUAUAUUGUGCAUUCUACAUAACGCACCCAUCGCUGGCUCGUUGCCAUUACGGCAGCACAACACGACACAAAAUACAAUCACUCAAAAAAG